AUGACAAGAGAUUUUUUGAUACUCGAUGGUAUCGAGGCAAUUCGGUCAGUGCCUAAAAAGCAUCGAACUCGAUACCCAGCCCUAGAGGAGCAUGACCUGUCACGAGAGCGCUUCGGGAAACUGAUUGUUGCUUCACGAACGUCUCUGUUGUGUUUCAGGGAUUUCGCGUAUGUGGCCCGUGACAAGAACACGCGUGUGUUGAAAUGCCACGUGUUUCAGUGUGAGAGUCCUGCAGAAACCGUGGCCAGCAGCCUGAAGCUGAUCUGCUCGACGAUCAUGGCCGAGCGCAAGAGUGUGUGUGCCGGCGCAGGAUCCUCGUCUCAGUUCAGUUCAGAUGUUCCUCUGACAGUAGAGUUUCCAACACCAAAGACUGACCAACAACACAGUUUCCAUGUGUUUUACCUGGGAAUGACAUCAGUACUGAGACCGAUAGGCAUGGACAUGAUAAACGCCGCGGUGGAGAGUCUGAUGUCCUCGGCGGGGAAAGAGGACUGGACGCCCGUCCUGCUCACCGUCGCCGACGCCACCGUCACUGUCAGCAAAGAGAAGGAAGAGGAGGAGGAGGUCAUAGUGGAGUGUCGGGUGCGGUUCCUGUCUUUCAUGGGUGUGGGACGCGACGUUCAUACGUUUGCCUUCAUCAUGGACACGGGAAACCAGCACUUCCAGUGUCACGUGUUCUGGUGCGAACCCAACGCGGGGAGCGUGUCGGAGGCCGUGCAGUCGGCCUGUGUGCUGCGGUAUCAGAAGUGUCUGGGGAAGACGGGCUCCUCGGCUCCGGCUCCUAGCGACUCCGUCACUCGCCGCGUGACGUCCAGCGUGAAGCGCGGCGUCCAAUCAAUCAUAGACACUCUGAAAAAGAAGCCCGCCCCCGAGGUUCCCCACCAAUGACGGAGCAGAACAGCUGUGACGGACAGCAGGUGUGUGUGUGUGUUUACUGAUGCAGUCCAGAAGAGAAACACACAACACAACCACAACAAAAGACUAAGUGUAAUGCAAGAUGUCGCUGUGCGUAACGAGAAGCUUCUC